AUGUCUGCCCUUACGCCACAGACAUCCAUCCACCUCCCCCUGGAGAUCCAAGAGAGGAUCGCCGAUUACGCCACAGCCAACUCCAAAUACCAUGGCAAGGGGCACCUCAGGACCCUUCGCCAGGUGAGCCGGUCAUUCUGUGCUGCUGCCUCUCGUGCCCUCUUCACUACCUGCACUGUCUACAUCAAAGACAGCACAAAUAACAGUCCCUUUUCGGACCUGAACAUCCUCCACCAAAGCAACCUCGGUCAAUAUAUACGCACCUUAAUCAUCGAAUGCCGACCCCCCUGGGACAACAUCGAAACUAAUCCCGACACCAUCCAACAAUGGAUCAACCUUCUCUCCAUCUCCCUCCCCCGUCUUGUCCGCCUCCGCCGCCUGGAAUACCAAACCAUACCAAACGGCACCCCAGACCAAGAGAACCUCUCCCGCCACUUCGCCAACCUCCUCGUCCACUGUCUAGAAGCCUACCCCCCUCCCUCUCUCCAAGAAAUCGACUUCCAACACAACUCUCCCCAAUUCUACGACUGCGACAAUGAUAUCCUUCAUCCAGCCACAGCACAGCAUAUCCCUCACCCCGUGAUAGCCCGCCUCCGCCACAUCCAACUCUCAUACACCUCCUCAGCAUCGCCGCUCUUCGAGCGCGAACCAACCGCAAUCUUCAGCCUUCUCAGACACGCCCGACGUCUCGUCUCAGUCGAGCUUUCUGGCCAAAUGGACGGCAGAAACAUGACUGCCAAGUCGUGUCCAUCUCUCGUCCAUCCAGAUGCGCCGUUGCGGUCUCUCACACUCGAGAAUGUCUCAGUUAGUGCGAAGAGGCUGCGCGGGCUAAGACACUUUCAUAAGACGAUACGACAUGUAGCAUUCCGUGGAGUGUUAUUGACAGCUGGGACGUGGGAAGAUGUGCUGUCUGAACUGGGGCAGUUGGAGGGGCUAGUUCUUUUGGAGGUGGAAAUGUGCGGGUACGAGAUAACGGCUAAGACCGAGACCGAGACGGUUGGGGGUUUGGUGCCUAGUUCUAAGAUCGCGACAUCACGGUGCGGGGAUCUUAUGGCGUUGGAGUUGUGCGUUGCUGCGGUUAAGCGGCAUAGGAAUAUGAUCGGGUAUGAAGCGAUUCCGCAGGUUGUGGAUCCCUUUGGAAGAGGGAUUAUUGUCUGUUAGAUCUUGACACUUCUUAUCUCUUUUGGAUACUGUGUUUUCGUAUCUGUGAGAGUGCAUGGUUGUCGAUGAUGAGUCUUUUGGUUAUAUGGUUGUUUUGUCACGUUAUCUUUCUAUCACCAGAGGUCUGUCUGCCUCUUGUGAUGAUUCAGUCAUCUUCGUCAUCUUCAACACAUUGAAAUCCGUCUUGGAUAGUGAUAACGCCUUUGACUGAAUCGCACAGACACGGACAUAGCAAGCUCGGGUUCAUAUAUACUAGAACACAUUCGUGAUCAGGUGCCUUUCGAAGAAGGGGACAAGGCAAUC